CUCCGCAGACCGACCGGCAGGCGAGCUGGUGCCCCCUCCCCGCCUUGCCACAAGGAGGCAGCCAGCCCGCUCCGCCUCAGCUGGGCCACCUGUAGCCACAGCAGGCGCGUCGGGGCCGCCGGGUGCGAGGCAGGCAGAGCGAGCGCCAGCUGGAAGGUAGGCGCUGAACCCGGCGGAGCUCGUCAGCUGGCCGGACCGGUUCCUCUGCUUGCCCGCCUGUCUGCCUUCCUGCAGCCUCGGGAACAUUCCGGCUUGCAGGGCUUCGGAGCGGCCCCCCGUCCUGGCUUCCUUCCCCAGCUCUCCAGGCUCGGCUCCCCGGGACCCCGGCGGAGCGGCGGGGCAAGCAGCCGGUCGCCCGCCUACCCGCUCGCCCUCGCCCGCCGCGGCAUGGCCAGGAACACGGCGCUGCACUUCCGCGUGGUGGAGGGACGCGACCUGCCGGCCAAGGAUGUGUCUGGCACAAGUGAUCCCUAUUGUAUCAUCAAGGUAGACAAUGAAAUCGUGGCAAGGACUGCGACGGUUUGGAAGAAUCUCAACCCUUUCUGGGGGGAGGAAUAUACCCUGCACCUUCCAAUGGGGUUCCACAACCUCUCUUUCUAUGUCUUUGAUGAAGACACCAUUGGACAUGACGAUGUCAUUGGCAAAAUUGCCCUGGGCAAAGAGGAGAUUUCAUCUCAGCCGAGGGGAAUCGAUAGCUGGAUCAACUUGAGCCCCGUGGACCCCAAUGAGGAGGUGCAGGGGGAAAUCUCGCUGGAGUUGCAAGUGGUGGAAGAAGCUCAUCAACGGCUACUCUGCUGCCAUGUCCUCGAAGCCAGAGAUCUAGCACCACGUGAUCUCUCAGGCACUUCAGAUCCCUUUGCCCGUGUACUGUUUAAUGGGCAGAUCCUGGAAACAACUAUUAUCAAGAAGACCCGUUUCCCACGUUGGGAAGAGAUGCUGGAGUUUGUCCUGGAAGAGGGGGCUGACUCCAAGACUCCCCUUGUUGUAGAAGUCUGGGACUGGGACAUGGUGGGCAAGAACGACUUCCUGGGGCAGGUCAAGUUCUCUCUGGGCACUGUGCAGAAGACCAUUCCCAAAGGCUGGUUCCGCUUGCUUCCUCUGCCCAGUGCAGGGGAGGAUGCUGGGGGGAAACUGGGGGCACUGAGGUUGCAGGUUCGGCUUGCCGAAGAUAGGAUCUUGCCUUCUAGCUACUAUCAACCACUCAUAGACCUUCUGAUGGAGUCUGUCUUGUGCCCCCCGGAGGAAGCAGAUGACCUGACCCCACUGGCCCUUCUGGAAGAAGUAUGUUUGGCGGAAAGUCGUCAAGAUGUAUCCACCAAGCUUGUCAAGAUCUUCCUUGGGCAGGGUCUGGUUAUACCCUUCUUGGAUUACCUAAAUUUCCGUGAGAUUUCAAGAACAAUGGAUCCCAACACUCUCUUCCGCUCCAACUCAUUAGCCUCCAAAUCCAUGGAGCAAUUCAUGAAGGUGGUGGGAAUGCCCUACCUCCAUGAAGUUCUAAAAGUUAUCAUUCACCGGAUCUUUGAGGAGAAGAAAUAUGUGGAACUUGAUCCCUGCAAGAUCGAACCUAGCCGGGCCAGGCGGAUCUCCUUCAAAGGCUCCCUGUCUGAGGCCCAGAUCCGAGAAAGCAGCUUGGAGGUGCUGAGGGGGUAUUUGGGAGACAUCAUGGAGGCCAUUGUGGGCUCAACAGAGAAGUGCCCCCCUAUCAUGAGAGUGGCUUUCAAACAGCUGUACAAGCGGGUGGAAGAGCGAUUUAAGGAAGCAGAGAAUCAGGAAGCCAAGUACAUCGCUAUCAGUGGGUUCCUCUUCCUCCGCUUCUUUGCCCCUGCAAUUCUGACCCCAAAGCUCUUCAGUCUCCGGGACCACCACGCUGAUACUCAGACCAGCCGGACACUCUUGCUUCUGGCCAAGGCAGUACAGAGCAUUGGCAACCUUGGGCUCCAGCUGGGUCACGGGAAGGAGCAAUGGAUGGAGCCUCUCCAUCCCUUCAUCCUUGCCAGCAUUGGUCGAGUCCAAGAAUUCCUUGACAGGCUCAUAGAUGUGGACGUGGAAAUUGAAGGAAAUGAAAAACAACCUUGGAGCCUUUUCCACUCUUCAGCCAUCAUCAAAGAAGGGUACCUGCAGAAACGUAAAGCCGAGGGUCUCCACCUGGUGCCCCGUUUCACCUUCAAAAAGCGUUACUUCUGGUUGAGCAAUGAAAGCCUUUCCUAUUCCAAGUCUCCUGAGUGGCAAGUCCGCACAUCCAUUCCAGUCCAGCGAAUCUGUGCUGUGGAACGGGUGGAUGAAAAUGCUUUCCAGCAGGCCCACAUGAUGCAGAUCACAACGAGAGAAACCGGGGGCCAGCUGUUUACUAUGUACAUUCAGUGCAAGAACGUCAACGAGCUCAACCAGUGGCUUUCCGCUAUCCGAAAAGCCACCGUCUCCAAUGAAUGCAUGCUCCCCUUCUGCCACCCUGGGGCCUUCCGAAGCAGCCGCUGGACUUGCUGCCUGCAGACAGAUCGUGCCGUUCGGGGCUGCAGCCGUACGCACUCUGCAGUGACCCUGGGCGAUUGGAGUGACCCGCUGGAUCCCGACGCCGACGCUCAGAUGGCGUACAAGCAGCUUUCGUUGCAUAAGGACAAGCUCAGGGAAAAGUACCAGGAGAUUGCAAGCACAGAGUCUGCGCGGGAACAAAGCCACACAGCCAAAAGAGACAAAAGCCAACGAAGGUUGACAGCAGCCGCCCAUCUUUUAGAAGUCAUCCAGGGUCUGGAGCAGGCCCACAAGGCUUUUGAGCAUCAAGAAGAUGAAGAGAAACCAGGGACUGGCACUCUACCCGCUCCUUAGGUGGCGUCCCCUGUUGGGAACUAGAUUGUCUUGUCUGUCUUGUAAUAAUGAUGUCUUUACAUCUGUCUGGAGAAGAAA